CCGUGCUGCUGAGCGAAUUGAACGAGCUGCUAACGAACAGAAACGUUCCGGUUGCAAACUACGCCUCACAGGUUUGCUACAAAAUGCUGUACGGAAAAACAUUCCAUGCUUUGGCGGCCAAACUACCAACACUGCACCCAUUUUUGGGAACUUCUGCGGAAGAUAUCAAACUCUUCACCCGUACCACCGGACGCAGUUUGUCGUUGCGGCCAAUGCUCGCCAUCGAACGGAUCGAGUAUAGCGCUUUCGUGCAGCAGCUGUCAGCCGCGUUGCUGUCAUUUUUGGGAAAUACGAUGCUUAAAAAGCUGGCCGAACAGGAAACGGCAUUCGCCGAGAAGCUUGUCCCUUUGCUGGUACAGAUAACGAUAAAGCAAUUCGAAGAGUCAAUCAUCGAUAGCAUGGGCAGCUUUAUUAAUGAGUUUUUCAACAAGUUCGCUGCCAUUCAAAAUGAGGUUCACAAUAUUUUCAAUGACCCGAAAGCUAUUCAACUGAUGCUUACCAUUGUGGAAUGUGUUCGGAUACAUAAUCAAUGCUUUCCACAGUACAAAAUUGCCGUUAACUAUCUACGAAUCGCACAAGCGUCUCAAUUCUGUCAGGCACACUUUAAAGCCAUCCUUUACGGUGACCUCUGGUACCGGGAGGAAGAGGAGCAAGGAAAACAUGAUGCCAAACGACAUCCGGAACUGCUAAACAUAAUGAAAUCGUGCCAUUUGGCGAUCGGUGUAAACGAUGCAGUAAAAUCAUUCCUUAACCCAAUCCAGGAACGGAUGGAAUAUUAUCGUUUAGAGCAGAAUUACGCCAGAUGCUUGGUAAUGCAAGAUGCAAGCUCAUCGUGGUCGCAAGAUAGCGCCCUGGACAGUGCGGGCCAACAUAAUGCCAUCUUGCAAACACUGAAAGAUUCCUCACUGUACGGUUUGGCUAGAUCGUUACAUGUCGCACCGCAACAGAUUGAUUACGAGUGUGCCUGGCGGCUGUCCGACUGGAAUGUACUAGUCGACGCGGACGGCGGUGUUGGUCCCAAUGUCCCGAAGAGAGCACCGGCUGCCGGUUCGAGCGCGCUGCUCCUACAGUCGCGAUCCUUCGAGCGAGCGCAUUACAAAGCGCUCAAGUGUUUGCAGCUGCGCGAUGAACUCGCGGUGGAAAGUGCGAUCGUGGCAGCGCAGCGUGCAGUUAGCGAGCUUUUCAAGCUUACCAGCAUCGAAUCCACCAAACACAUCUACCACGGGCUGUGCCGGUUGCGGAUGCUGCAGCAGAUCGAAGACUUCGGUGAGGUACACUUCUCCAGACAGAUCGACUGCGAGCAGGACCUGCUGAACCGGUGGAGGGAACAGGACGAGCUGCCGCACAGCGAGUUCACGCUGCUGGAAACGAUCCUUUCCCAGCGGCUGUCCAUCUUCAGCACGGCCGGGAUUCGUGCGAAACGUAAAUGGGUACCGCCGGCAGUGUACAGCACGCUGCUGCUGCUGAUCCACGAAUCGCGCCUGCGAGGCUUCGUGGACUGUGCGAUACGGAAUGUGGUGCUGAUCGGGAAGCAGGAGCUGCCGGCCAACGUGCAGUCGGUGGUGAUGCUGGAAAAUGCACAGCUCAAUUGGAGUGCCGGCCAGCCGGUGCUGGCGAAAGAGCUCGCAUGGGAAGUAAUGAACAGCACCAAGUACACUGAUCCGAUGGUGAAAGGAGUGGCGUGUCGCCUUUACGGUGAGUUCCUUGCCGAAGGACACUCGCAGGAGAUCAAGUCGCUAUGCUCGGACUACUUUCAACAAGCGGAAAAGUGUGUCCAGUUUGUGCUGUCGAGACAGACGGCGGCGGCAGCGGCCGGUGGCGAACAGAAACCUCGCCCGGGAACGUUCCCGCCAGCCAUCGUUGCUUCGAAGUGGAUCCUCACCAAAUUCAUCCGCUCUCAGGAGUGGGAGGCACGGAAAACGAAUCUCGCCCGCAUGGAGGUCGAGCUGAUCCGCCUGAAGGAGGAAACGCAACGUGCCACCGAUCAGAGGCGCAAGGAUCUUGGCCGUUCGCUUCACUUUAUGCAGAAAAACUUGCAGCGCGACAAGAAAGCGGCCGAAGAGGUGGAACAGAAUCGUUGGGACUACUUGAAUCUGGCACUGUGCUAUUAUCUGAUGUACGCGAAACAGAGCACGAUCGUGAGCGACAUGUGGGUCGGUGCGCUGGUGCAGAAAGCUUUGAUAAGAUGCGCCCUGGACCAUCCCCAUCACACGCUUCCGUUUGUGUUUGCGCAGCUGCAUGCGUAUAAGGAUCAGCCGGACCAUGAAACUCCCACCAACGAUAACCGUUUAAUGGGUGUGCGGGAGGUGUACAAAAAGCUGCGCAAAGAACCAACGCUCGAGCAAAUGUUGCACCAAACAGAGAGAAUGAAUCUCGCCCUGAUCGAGCUGGCCAACAAAACGCUCUCCAGCAGUCCUUCCUUCCGGGAGUACACCAUGACGAAACGUGAUCCGCUCGGGCAGCUGGAAAGCUUGGAUCUCAUUCACUGUCCAACGGUGGAGUUGCCCGUCCUAAAAACCGGCAACUAUCGCACACACAUCGUAGGCAUCAGGCGGUGGGAUGCGAAGGUGAUCGGUGUCGGUGGAAUUAAUGCGCCGAAAAAGCUUGCCUGCCUUUGCCUGAACGGUACGAAACGGACGCAGCUGCUCAAGGGAAGGAUGAUAUGCGCCAGGAUGCGGUAA